AUGUCAUGCGUACUGCAUUGUGCAGCCCUAGUCUGCACCAUCAUUUGUAUACUGUUCAAUAAUAUCCCAAAAAUCAGAGUUAAGAUGCCAACAAUUGUUGUAGUCGUGAUUCUUGUCUUUGCCGCUUCCUUCAACGCAGUUGCAGCUAUUCUAUUAUUCAUAUACAAACCAAAGGAUGAAAAGCAGGAACCCGUUAUGCUUGCAGCUGCGGUGUGUGGUCAUAGUUAUUAAUU